AAUGGGCAGAAAUGAAUCAGAGUGACUUUUUCAACGGGAGAUCAAAUUAAGAGUCCCACAAAGAUCGAGCUUCACCCAGAUCCUAGAGAGUCUGGGCAGGUGGGGUUGGUUCUCUGCCCCCGGUAACAGGAACGGUGCAGCGCCCACCCCCUGCCUUCAGAGUAAGAGCCUGCUGAGCCCUCAGGGUCACUAAGUCCCAGAGCGCGGGGGAAGCGCCGCGCACGCGGGCAGCUUUGUUCUCCGCGGAGACGGCAUCGACAAGAGGAAACGACCCGGGCAGGAAACAGGUCCUACCCGGGAGGACGCCGGGAAGAAGGGCCGCCGCGGCGAGCGCGGAGGCGGCAGGCUCCAGGCCGCGGUCCCCAGCGCCAGGCCCGCGGCGGCGCAGGCUGUUCUUGCUUUUGCGGAAUUCACAACAUCUCUCUUAAAGAAAUUUGUAGUCAGAACUUUAUGCUGCAUUUUUAUUCAGGAAAGAAGUGGAAGAGAAGAGUAUCAGCUCCUAAGAAUCCAGCUCUGGAGAAACGAUGGUCUCCCAUUCAGAGUUGAGGGAGCUUUUCUGUGCAGCUGAUGCAGUAUGCUUCGAUGUUGAUAGCACAGUCAUCAGAGAAGAAGGAAUUGAUGAACUGGCCAAAUUCUGUGGAGUUGAGGAUGCUGUGUCAGAAAUGACACGGCGAGCCAUGGGUGGGGCAGUGCCUUUCAAGGCUGCCCUCACAGAGCGCCUAUCUCUGAUCCAGCCCUCCAGGGAACAGGUGCAAAGGCUCAUAGCAGAGCACCCCCCACACCUGACCCCUGGUAUAAGGGAGCUAGUAAGUCGCCUUCAAGAGCGAAAUGUUCAGGUUUUCCUAAUAUCUGGUGGCUUCAGGAGCAUUGUAGAGCAUGUAGCUUCAAAGCUCAACAUCCCUCCAACCAAUGUAUUUGCCAACAGGCUGAAAUUCUACUUUAAUGGUGAAUAUGCAGGUUUUGAUGAGAUGCAGCCAACAGCUGAAUCUGGUGGGAAAGGAAAAGUUAUUAAACUUUUAAAGGAAAAAUUUCAUUUUAAGAAAAUAGUCAUGAUUGGAGAUGGAGCUACAGACAUGGAAGCCUGUCCUCCUGCUGAUGUUUUCAUUGGAUUUGGAGGAAAUGUGAUCAGGCAACAAGUAAAGGACAACGCGGAAUGGUACAUAACUGAUUUUGUAGAGCUUUUGGGAGAACUGGAAGAAUAAUAGCAAGUUUUAUACAGUUCAUAACAACUUCAGGUUAAUUUUUAAAAGUUAUACAGUUUGAUACUGUUUGCUUCCAAUUGCCUAUUAGAACUUAAUGUAUGAAUUUGGUAUUGAUUAUCUGUACUUCUAAGUAAACUAUAGUUACACCUCCUAGAAAAUCGCUCUUUUUAAGUGUAGUUCCAUUAUUAUUAUGACCAUUAAUUACCUGGAGAGUUUUAUAAUGUGAAUUCUUUAUGAAUUUCCUGGCUAUAUUUUAUUUGAAGCCUUUUGAAGAUGGAUAGUAAAUUAAACACCUUCACUAUUGGAAAUAUGGAUUAGGCAGUGAAUUUAAGUGAAUAUUAAGUGAACUGAAGUGAAUAUUCGUUUUCCCUUUGGCAUAUAAAUAAAAGUUCAUCCAUGUAUCAGAA